UGCAAAGCAGUUGAGAGCUGAGUGAUUUGAGAUUUGAUUAAAUUAAACAGACAAUGAAGUGCAAUUGUGUUUGGCUGCUGCUGUUGCUGCUGUCGCUGCUGGGCGGCGCUUGGGCCAACUGUCCCACUGGCUUUAGCAAGGAGCAGAAUAAAUGCGUGCAGGAGCGUCCAAUACAUGGCACCUGCACACCUGGCUCCACCUAUCAGCUGAGCAUAAACAAAUGUGUGCAUGCCUAAAAGCUAAACAAAUGUGAUUGAUUUCAAAUAAAUACAUAAUUAUAUAUAAAGCGC